AUGACGAUCAAGGGACAAGCAGACGAGGUGCUCUUCAAGCCGGAACCGCCUGCCAAGGCAGACAUCCCCACCUUGCCCAUUGAUCUCAACGAACACACGAUCACCGACAUUGUGCACCAAUGCAAUGCCCGCUCCUCGGACGAGCGCCUCAAACAGGUCAUGGCAAGUCUGGUGCAGCAUCUGCAUGACUUUGCCCGCGAGAUCAACCUGAGCGAGUCCGAAUGGAUGACUGCUCUGCUCUUCCUCACCCAGGUCGGCCAGAUCUGUUCGCCCGUACGACAGGAGUUUAUCCUGCUGUCGGACAUCCUCGGCCUCUCGGCCUUGGUCGAUUCUCAGGGUAAGAAAGUGCCCCAAGGUGCCACGGAGCCUACCAUUCUCGGUCCCUUCCAGACCGCAGAUGCCACCGAGAUCGGCUUGGGCGAGAGCAUUGCCUCGGAAGGCAAGGGCGAAUACAUGUACGUCGAGGGCGUCGUCAAGGGUCUCGACGGCCAACCGAUCGAAGGUGCACUCAUCGAAACCUGGGAGACCGACGCCGAGGGCUUCUACGAUGUUCAGUAUGCGGGUCGUACCAAGGCCGACUGCCGCGGUCGCGUCCGUAGUGGACCCGGUGGCAUCUACAACUUCCGUGCGGUUCGCCCGGUACCCUAUCCCAUCCCCAGCGACGGUCCUGUCGGCAAGUUGCUCCAACGUCUCGGCCGCCACGUCUUCCGCCCUGCCCACCUGCACCUCCAGGUCACCGCUCCCGGUUACGCACCACUGACCACGGCGCUCUACUUUGAGGGCGAUGACUUCCUGUGCUCCGACGCCGUGUUUGGCGUCAAGACAUCGCUCGUGUUGGACCUGAAACAGAUCCACGAUCCUGCUCGUGCCAAGGCGUUGGGCUUUGUCCACUACGAGCAGCCCUACUGGCUUUGCCAGUACGACCUCACACUGCCUACCGUAGCAGAGGCAGAGCAGGCGCGUCAAGCGAAAUGA